GGUAUAGAGAUGGGCCAGGAAACCCAGUCAAGUGCACUUAUGAAGGAAAUUUGCGGGAUCUCCUAGUCUACUCUAAACCCAGACAACCCAAAAAACUAUAUUAUCAGCAGGUAUGACAAGUUAUAUUAUUUGGACUUAUCUAAAUUCAAUAAUAAUCACUCAAAAUUAAAUUUAAAAUUCUUGAAAUCAGAAAAAAAAAGUCUGUUAUUUUCAGGUCUAUUCAUUUAAAUAUUGUAAUGUUUCUUCCUCAGCUGGACAUGAAAAUAAGUGAGCUGGAAAAUAAAAAGCAAUUUAAGGUGCUAUGGUUAAACAGUAAAAUGAAAGAUGAGGUUGGUAUUACUUUGCUGGAAUUUUUAAUUAUGUUUUUUGUUGUUCAAUAAUAUUAUAUUUCAUUUUUUAAACAUAAUAUUGUAUUUGUUCAUUUCAAAAAUGUAUUUUUAUUUCAUAUUUCCAGCGUGAGUUAGUUCUUUACCCAAACAAAAAUGGUAAAGUGCAAGAUCUCUUAGAGGAGGCAAAGAAGCAGGUGGAACUUUCUGAAAAUGGCUCUGGGAAGUUGAGGUCAAUAAAUUCAUUCUAAAUGAUGUCCAUUUAUUUUUCUUAUACUUACUUAAUUUAUGCUGUUGGCAAUUUUUAUUAAUAAUUAAAAGUAAAUUUUACUUUUUUUGUUUAUUUUGUGAACAUUAAUCCUAAUUCCUCUUAAACCAAUUUGCUUUACACCACUAAUAAUUGUUCUCUUGGUCUGGUCAUUUGCAAAGUGAAUUUCCCCUCACAGGUCUUACUAUCAACACCAACACUCCUCCCCUCAGCUUAAUUUUUUUUUUUUUUUUUACAAUGCAUAUUAAUGAUCUUACUUCAAACAGGGGUUUUUACAAUAAUACCGACAUAUGUCUUCUUUAUUUGUAUUAGGUUGCUAGAAAUUAUAAGCUACAAAAUUCUAGCAGUUCAGAAGGAGGACCUGGCACUUGAUCACCUUGUCAUUGGUGGGACUAAGACAUAUCGAAUUGAGGAAAUUCCAGCAGAGGAAGUGAAUAUGGGAGCUGAAGAAUUACUAAUACCUGUUGCUCACUUUCAAAAGGUUUGUGGCUGUUUUUUUUAGUAUGAUAUAUCUAAUAAUGCGUUUGUUGUAUUAUAAUUAUAAAAAGUGUUUAAUAAUAAUAAAGUUUAUUUUUUAAAAAUCACGCUUCAUCUCAAAAGGCUCAAAGCGCGGUACAAAGUCAACCAUAUUAAAAGAGAAAUGAAACAAUCUAUAUUUUACCCAUUAAAACACACAACGCAACACUAUAAAAACUACAAAUGAGCAUACCCAUUCUAAGUCUUUCAUUCCUUUCAACUACAAACAACACAAGCCAAUAUACAUCUAGGAGAUAAUAGCUAGCUGGAAAAGAUUGUUGACAUCAUUACCCCAGCAGAUGUUUGCAAAAUAGAUGUGUUUUAAAAUCUAUUUGAUGGAUUAGUAAAUUGUUCAAUAAAGUUUCAGUGUAUUUCUGAUCUCCAGGAGAUGUAUCAGACUUUUGGAAUACCAUUUCUUCUCAAGAUUAAAGAUGUAAGUUUGUUUCUGAGAUUUUAACCAGUAUUUUUAAAGCAUAAAAUAUUAAUUUAAUUAGUGUUUCUCUUUAGGGAAAUAAAAAACACUGGAAUAUAACUUAAGUUGUGUCACUGAAUGGAUGGAAUUUUCUUGAAGCAUCCUUUUCUAUUACUGUAUAUUAACACAUUUAAUGCCAGAAAUUUAGGCUACAAAAUGCUUGUUAAAUUAGGGUAAAAAAUUAAUUUAAAUUUAUGGUAGAAAAUUAUACUUAAAAUUAUACUUAAAUUUAUGGGUCACAAAAUGCUACAGAUAACGAAUUUGAGAGUCAUGUUAUGUUAAAAAAAUACUAAUAAUUUAGAUUUGAAUGAUAAUACUUCAAGGUUUUUAAGGCUACAUUUGGAUAUAUUUUGUGUUUGUUUGCAAAAUUAAAAAAUCAUUGUAAUUCAAUGUGAGCUUCUGCUAUUUUCUGUAGAAUUAAAUAAUAAUCAAGAUUUUUGAACAAAUAUAUUUCCUUUUAUCAAAAUUUUAAUUUUUGUACCGUUCAUUCUUUUUGACACUAAUUUUCUGAAGGUGAUUUUUUAAAAUUUAAUGAAACAAAGCUCUAAAAUAUUUUGUAGUUAAUUUCUUAAAGCCUUUAUUAUAAUAAUUAUUUGCACCAAAUAACUAUAAAAAAUAUAUUUUGUGCAUUUGUCUAACAAAGGGAGAGACAAAUAAAGUUUGUACAAUGAACCAAAUGUGAAUCUUGUGUCAGGUUAUCUCCAUCCUAUGAACAGUGUUGGACAAUGUGAAAUUGUAAUAAAAAUUUAUAUAAAAUGUACCUGGUACUUCUUAUAAUAAAUAUAUGUAUUUCUUCAUUUAAGAUGAGUGAAAAGAAAUGUAAAGAUUAGAAAGAAUAAGGCAAAAUUCUCUUGAACCUGUAGCACCAGCUGAUGAGACACAACUACUUUCAAGUUAUUUAUUAUAAUUAUUAUAGAUUUCACAAAUUCUUUUUUUUCUUUUGUUGACAGAACGAACCAUUUAGUGCAGUCAAAGACAGAAUCCAAAAAAAAUUGGAUAUUCCUGACAAGGAAUUUGAAAAGGUAAAAUCUACGCAAUUGUUAAGGCAACAGAUAUCAUAGCCAUUUGCUCAUAAGAGAAGCAUCAGUAAUAUUUCAGAAUGUUGACAAUUUUAAAUAUAUAUAUAUAUAUAUUUUUCUUUUCUAACUUUUGGUGUACAGUACAAGUUCGCAAUCAUUGUAAUGGGCAGACUGGAGUACGUGUCAGAAGACUCAGCUGAUGUAAGGGUUGAUCUCAAGAAAUUUUUACCACAUGCUAUAUCAACAGGUACUUUCUUUGUCUUGUAUAUCAUUAUUUAAGAAAAUAUCAGAGUAAAUAAGGAAUGAUAAUUUAUUUUCAAGGAAAGAUAUUUUUUUUUUUUAAAGAUGCCUCACACUGAAUCUGACACCUUUACUACAAAAUAGAGUAUUCUUUUGCCGUAGCAGUUUUUGUAGGUGGUGGGAGUUCCAUUCAAAAACCUGAAUUGACACCUGUUUGGUCACACCACUUAUACUAACCCUAGGACUGUACCUUACAACAUUUUCAUGUGUUUUAUCUCACCACUUACAUUUACCCUAGGUAUGUACCUUGGUCAGGUUUCAAUUGCUCUGCUAGAAAUUGAAUCUUGAUACUAUUCAUUUUGUGUUCAUCAAUUAGUUAUGUAUUAGUAAAACUCGUUUUCUUUGUUAAAGGUAUGGGCAUGCAGGCACGUCCUUGGCUUGGUUUAGAUCAUGUCAACAAGACCCCAAAGAGAGCAAGAUACAACUAUUUGGAAAAGGCAAUAAAAAUACAUAACUAAAAGAAAAGGAUCAGGCAGCUAAGUUUUAAACCACAUUAAUGCACACAAGGACUUCACCCAAAAUAGAUUACUGAUAGGAUUUGGAAUGAAAUAUUCCAGAACAAGAAAUUAGGACUUUAUAAAUAUUAUUGUUCAAAUUUAAUAAGGGUAUUUUUUGAGAUAUAGAGUGUUUAGUGGUGGAAGAAACUUAAUAUCACCAUUUAUUGAAUUAAAAUGAAAUGUUCAUGGACAACCUAAUCAGAAAAGAAUUAUUUAUUUUUCAUAAAAAUUUACUUGUAGCUCUUUUCCUCUGUCCAUGAAAAGUAACUAAAAUGUUACAUUUCUCUCAAUGGUGCAAUAUUAUUUUUAAUUUAAAUAGUUUUGACAAGGAAAUGCAUUCAGAUUUAAGUCAAGCAAUAUGCUGUUGCAUUUAGAAUACAUUUAGGAUGUCAAGAUACAUUUUUGAGUUUGUCAAUUUAGAAAACAAUCAAAAUGGCAUUGGAUUCUCAAAUGACUGGUUCUAUGUUAUUUUAUUUUUCACCUUGCACAAUUGGAAUGCUAUUGGUCAUUUCAAUCCUGGGUGAUGCUCUAGAGAUUGAUGCAAGUCUAGAGUCUACACAAUUGUCUCUCUUUGUCAUGCCAUUCAAAUGUUGAUAGCUUGUACUUUGAAAUGUUUAGAGCAGUUGACAAAAAUGCUGACUAUUCUUAAACAUAGCUGAUUGUUGCAAUCUUUUAAUCCAACAAAUGUCCAUAUGUCUUGUUUGGAGAUAUGAAUCAGCAUAAAUGCUUUCAGUAUGCAUGUGAAUAUAAUAGCAGUAUUGCUGUAAAUAUUGUAUAGUGAAUGGAAAUAAAAUCUUACAUUCACUUUUAGUUUAAGUUUCAACAAAAAGAAAGUGCUUAAGCUUAUAUGAGCAUACAUUUGUAAGCUUAUCUGAGCAUACAUAUUUGUAAGCUUAUCUGAGGAUACAAUUGUACGUUUAUCUGAGCAUACAUAUGUAGGCUAACUGAGCAAACAUUUGUAAGAUUAUCUGAGUACAUUUGCAGGCUUAUCUGAGCAUACAAUUGUACGUUCAUCUCAGUAUACAUAUGUAGGCUUAUCUGAGCAAACAUCUGUGCAUACAUUUUUACAUUUUCAAUUUUUUUUUUAAAUUAAAAUAAACUAAAAGUAAGUGAUGAAUGAUGUUAUUGAUGUUAUUUGAACGGAUUGCCUGCCAGAUUUUUUAUGUUAAAUGAAUGGAUUGCCUGCCAGAUUUUUUAUGUUAUUUGAAUGGAUUGCCAGACAAUGCUAAAGAAAAAGAUAUAUUUUUGACCUUUGGUUUCAAAUUUACCAUUGCUUAAAAUUUCUUUUCUCUCCAAUUAAUGAUCCCAGGUUGAACAUGAGAAGUGGGUCCCAUUGUACAACUCCCAGGUUGAACAUGAGAAGUGGGUCCCAUUGUACAACUCCCAGGUUGAACAUGAGAAGUGGGUCCCAUUGUACAACUCCCAGGUUGUUACACAAAUAAAGUAUUUAUUUACCUUAACAAACUGCGUGGUGCAGUCUUAUUUCCUCAACUGUUAUUUGAGGAAAUCUGUUUUAUUGCUUGAUUCAAGCCAUUGUAAGCUUGCAUUAGGAUCCAAAUUUGAAUUUCUCCUUGUCUGAGUUCUUUCCCUAUCCAGACAUGAAAAUAGAUAAUUUCCACAUCACCAAUAGUGGAAAUGAGUAAAACAAAGUAUGUAAAACGUGAAAAAGGAACACAAACAAUGAACGUCCUGUGAGGAAGUGUUCUUUAGCAAACAACAAAAAAACAGAAUUAAAUUUUAAAAUAUCACUUAGCUGAAAAUUAGUAUCCGAGGGGGCAGCAAAAGAAUUGUGACAGAACAUAAGCAGGUGAGAGAUUAAAUACAGGCAAAAGGGAAAGAAAAGAGGAGAAGUAAGUCCGCUGCGAUUGGUCGUGACGUGGAGGGGAGGGGCCAAGCUCAACAUGUGAAUGAAAGUGACGUAUAUGCCAUUGGUGUCAAAGUUCCAUAAGUCUGUAUAAGCUUGUUUUCCAAAUUCACCCGGCAGGGUGUGUUUGUGCUGGUCACGAUCGCACUAAUUAGUUUAUUAUUGGCACUUAACUGUCACAAUUUUUUUUUGCUGCCCUCUCAGAUACUACUUUUCAGCUAAGUGCUAUUUUUUAAAUUUAAUUCUGUUUGGU